CGUAUUCUUUGUGUGGCAGCGUAGAGAAGCGCCAAAAGAGUGACCAUGGCAGAUGAAAAACCAAAGGAAUCAGUGAAGACAGAAAACAAUGAACACAUAAACCUGAAGGUAGCAGGUCAGGAUGGAUCUGUAGUACAGUUCAAGAUCAAAAGACACACACCGCUCAUCAAACUCAUGAAGGCCUACUGCGAGAGACAGGGACUGUCGAUGAGGCAAAUAAGGUUCAGAUUUGAUGGACAGCCAAUAAAUGAGACAGACACGCCAUCACAGUUGGAAAUGGAAGACGAAGAUACAAUUGAUGUGUUUCAGCAACAAACGGGAGGCCUGAUCUAAUCAACCACAUGCAUCACCACUUUCCUCCUCGACAUAACCAACCUUCCUGACCUGUGACACACACACACACAGCGGCUGCUUCUUUGCAACUUGUCCUUUUGUCUCAACAGAAUUCCAUGCAGAUGAAAUGUUCAUUUCUCUGCUACACAUAACUGCUGUAUAGUAUUUUCAUUCUUUCCCUUGUUACUUUUCUGUUUUUGUACAUAAACCACAUCCAGAUCACUUUAUGUUCAGGUUUUGUUUAUUCAUGCUAUAUUGUAGUAAAUGUUAAGGACUGCCCUUCCCAGUUUGAGGGGCUUGUUUUAAGGUUGUGGACAAAUAGGACUGGUGAUGGAGUAAGAAUGAAUAAAACUGACUUUAUUGAUCAUAUGUUGUUGGCCUGGGCUUGUUCAGAGUCCAGCGAGUGUACUAUUUUGGGACAGGCUAUUAGUGAACAGUAUAACCAGUUUGGAAAUUGCAAAUGUCUUCUGGUUUUGGAUCUUCUGAAAAAAAAAAUUGAUUUUAUACAUUUUUAUAUACUAGUGAAUGUGUAGAGAAAUGUUUUGAUCAACCAUUUAACUAGGCCAAGCUUCAAAUUUUGGGAAGCCUGAAUAGAUGUUUCACUCAGAUAAACAUCUGUAUUGUCUAUUAAGAUGCCUGUUAAAAUAAAGCUAUUGUCUUUU